CGUCUUCUUCUUCUUUAGUGAGAGAAAGAGAGUGAUAAUGGACGAACUUGAUGACCUAGUAGGCGCACCAAAACCAGCACCAUCCAGAGCAAGGUUUGCUCCAAGAAACUCCAAACCAAAACCACAGCAACCUAAGCUGAAGACGAAGUUAGAUACAGAAUUACUUGAUCAAGAACAAUCUCAAGGAAUCACCACCACCAGUUCUAUUAAUGGUCAUACCACUAAGAAUGAAGUUCUCGAGAUUAAACCUCAAUCGCCGCCGUGUGCAGAAGACGAUUCAGUUAAAAUGGAAAUUGAUGAUGUUAAACUCGAAGAAAAGAAGGACGAUAUAAUGGAAGAAGAUGAAAUUGAGAAGAAGAAAGAAGAUAGAGUUUUGAGAGAAAUCGAUGUCUUCUUUAAACCAAAAAUUGAUCCUGAUACCAAGCUUUAUGUUUUUCAGUAUCCAUUGAGGCCAUCUUGGCGUCCUUAUGAUAUGGAUGAACGAUGUGAAGAGGUUAGAGUGCAUUCAUCGAAAUUGGGUGUUGAGAUUGAUUUGUCUGUUGAUACAAAUCCAAAAAAUUACGAUGAUAGUUCUCAUCAAAAGCUGCCGCCAACACUUACAUUGACUUCUUUAAUGAGUUCAGAGGAGACAGGGGCUGCUCAUGUUGUUGGACUAUUAUUUGACAAUAAGCUAUGUAUCUAUCCUAUGCAUGCUGCUGUGCAGAUGCGACCGUCAUUGGAUUAUCAUGCUGGUGGAUCUAAGAAGAAGGUCAAUGUUGCCAGUACUAGUGCGGAAGGUGCAAUAAAGUCAGAAGAUGACAAGGAUGAAAAUUCUGACUGGAUUGCACUUAAAUAUCUUGGUGCAAGGAGUGACAACUCAUCUAGUUAUCUAAAAAAGAUGGCGCUACAUGAAGCUUCUGCCAUCCAAUUUUCUAUGAGCCCGGGUGACUACAUUGGUUCACUUUGUCCUGCAUCAGUUAAUAACAACAGCAAGCCAAAGGGUCCUUCAAGAAGGGAUAUGUUUUCAUUGCCACUAGAAGAACGCUACAGCACAUGGCUUACUAAGGGACCUCAUAUUAAUCGAUUUGAUACUCUGAAGCACCUUGCUCCAAAUGAAACUGAUGAAGAUGUCCUAAAAGUCCUACUGAAGUAUGCUACCUUGGUACAAGGUCUAUGGGUUACAAAAACUUCAUUGUUAAAGGAUUUUCUCAAAGGAUCUAAUAAACAACCUCUAGCUAGAGACUAUGUUAUUCUUCUGUUUAGAAAAAAUAUUCUUGUCAGCUAUGACCAAGUAAAGGAGGCAGGCCCUUUAGGGAAAUUUAUGAAAGAAGCGUUGAUUGAUUUGGCUAUUGAGAGACCUUCCUUGCAAGACUGGAAAUUUAAAGAGGCUCCAGAUGUGUCAUUUAUUAAAAGUCACUCUAAUAUUGUGAAGGAGCAGGAUCAACAUUGGGAGCGUAUAGAAAAAACAAUUAUUUCUAGUGUUUUCCAAAAGAAGGGCGAGCUUGGUCUGAAGGGUUCUGCAAAGGCUGCGCCUGAUAAACCUGGAGCAGUCAAUAAUCCCACCAAAAACAUGCCAAAUAAUCCAGCUGGAGCAGCCUCCAAGGCUACAAUGUCAAAUGAGACACGAGAAGCGCUUCCAAAAGCUCUCAAUAAACUUUUUCAGACACACAAACAUUGCAGCUUUCAACAGAUUUGCCAACGUCUGCGUGAAAUGGCAGUUUCAGAAUCUACUCGUCCAAAAGGGAUGGCUAAGGAAGCAAUAGCUGCAGCAAAUGGUGUUGACGCCCCUCGAUCUGAACUUGUGGAAAUGAUUGGGCAAGUUGCUAUAGAUAUUCAUGGUGUUUAUGUUCCAAAGACAUCAUAUGAUCACCCUGAGUAUGAUUCUUUCAGGAAUGUUGUCAUUGGUCUUCUUAUUGUUGAAGGAGCAAAUGCAAAGCUUAGGAAAGCAACCAUUAUGGAAGCUGCAAAAAUGCAACUUGGCAGAGAUGUUACUCCCAAUGAAUACCAAAUGGUCAUGAAUGAUUUAUGCACAUCUAGUGGACCAAUAUGGGUUUUGAAGAACAGUAGCGGAAGUUCCAAAUAGCAAGUCCCAAGUCUAAAUCCAUGGAUAGUUUUAUCUAGGUUAGAUUUUACAAUUAAUGGAGGAUAUAUCGAGAUUCUGGUUUUCUACUUGUACAAAACUUUGGCUGCUUUAGUUUAGGAUUUCUGAAGAAUUGGUCACUUCUUUUAGUAGUAGCUUUCAUUGUGUAAGAGGUUUGUGGGGUUGUCAAUGUCAUGAAAUACCACAUAUAUAAUUGAUCUCUUAUUUUUGCUGUUAAUACCUUUUACAUUAAAAAUGGAAUGAAAUGUCGGCUAUAUCGAUUGUGU